AGCCACCCCUCACAGGUAACCUCGAUCACGUGACCAGGCCUGGGCUGUUCAUGACGUCACGCCCGCCCUGCCUCGUUCUGGUCAGCUGACCCUCGCGACGCAGAGGACUCGGAGACAGCAGCACUCCAUUUCAACUGAUUAAACUCAACAUUCUCCCCUUAGUGCAUUGAGUAGAAAGCAGUGCAUUAUGGGGGAGCUGUUUCGCAGUGAGGAGAUGACUCUGGCCCAGCUCUUCCUCCAGUCUGAGUCCGCCUACUGCUGUGUCAGUGAGCUGGGGGAGAUCGGCAUGGUGCAGUUCAGAGAUUUGAACCCCGAUGUGAACGUAUUCCAGAGGAAGUUUGUGAAUGAAGUCCGUCGGUGUGAGGAGAUGGACCGCAAACUAAGAUUUGUUGAGAAGGAAAUCAAAAAGGCUAACAUACCUGUUGUAGACACAGGGGAGAACCCAGAGGUCCCUUUUCCACGAGACAUGAUUGAUUUGGAGGCCACCUUUGAAAAGCUGGAGAAUGAGCUGAAGGAGAUCAACACCAACCAGGAAGCCCUAAAGAAGAACUUUCUGGAACUGACUGAGCUUAAACACAUCCUCAGACGAACACAGCAGUUCUUUGAUGAGAUUGAAAGGCCAUUCUCUGAAUUCCUGGUCACAUCUCAGCCGCUGGUGAGGAUGUCACACUGCCCUUCCCAAGACCAGUUCUGCAAGAUGGAAGACCCUGCACUUUUGGAAGACUCGGCAACUCCACUGGAGCCGAAUGAGGUUGGACGUGCCGCUCCUCUUAGGCUUGGGUUUGUUGCAGGGGUAAUUGGCAGAGAAAGGAUUCCCACCUUCGAGAGGAUGCUGUGGAGAGUUUGUCGUGGAAAUGUCUUCCUGCGACAGGCAGACAUCGAGGACCCACUUGAGGACCCUGCCACAGUCAGUUUCCCCUGUGAAAAAGAAAUAACUUUUAAGAGAACUUUUCAAGAUAUAAUUGUUUAUUUUAGAUUAUUAACUGUUUAUUUAAUAGGAACUUCCUCUUAUGUUUUUUUUAUUUUUUAUUUUUUUCCUUUUUUCCAGGGAGAUCAUGUACACAAGUCUGUGUUCAUCAUUUUCUUCCAGGGGGACCAGCUGAAAAACAGAGUCAAGAAGAUUUGUGAAGGGUUUCGGGCAUCUCUGUACCCCUGUCCUGAGACCCCUCAAGAGAGGAAGGAAAUGGCAGCUGGAGUCAACACUCGAAUUGAUGAUCUCCAGAUGGUGCUGAAUCAGACGGAGGAUCACAGGCAGCGUGUUUUGCAGGCGGCUGCCAAGACUGUCCGAGUAUGGUUCAUCAAGGUUCGGAAGAUGAAAGCCAUUUAUCACACUCUGAACCUCUGCAACAUCGAUGUCACUCAGAAGUGUCUGAUCGCUGAGAUCUGGUGCCCUGUGUCCGAUCUAGACUCCAUUCAGUUUGCCCUGCGUCGGGGCACGGAGAGAAGUGGAUCCACUGUUCCCUCCAUCCUAAACAGAAUGCAGACCAAACAGACCCCACCCACCUUCAACAAAACCAAUAAGUUCACCUCUGGCUUUCAGAGCAUCGUUGAUGCCUACGGCAUCAGCAACUACCGGGAAAUCAACCCAGCUCCAUACACCAUUAUCACCUUUCCCUUCCUGUUUGCGGUCAUGUUUGGCGAUCUGGGUCAUGGUGUACUCAUGACCUGCGCUGCACUUUAUUUGGUACUGCGAGAGAGCCGAUUAAUUGCCCAGAAAAACGACAAUGAGAUGUUUAACAUGAUUUUUGCGGGCCGUUACAUUAUUCUCCUGAUGGGAAUAUUUUCAGUGUAUACUGGGAUUAUCUACAAUGACUGUUUCUCGAAAUCUCUCAAUGUCUUUGGCUCGGGCUGGAGUGUCAGACCCAUGUUUGGAGAGAAAGGAGGCAACUGGACGCCUACGACACUGAAGGAUAACCACGUAUUACAGCUGGACCCUGCUGUGCCAAAAGUGUUUACUGGACCCUAUCCUAUUGGCAUUGACCCAAUCUGGAACAUUGCCACCAAUAAGCUGACCUUUCUAAACUCCUUCAAGAUGAAGAUGUCAAUUAUUCUUGGAGUUAUCCACAUGACGUUUGGAGUUACUCUCAGUCUUUUCAAUCACCUGUACUUCAAAAAACCUCUGAACAUCUACCUGGGUUUUAUUCCUGAGAUCGUCUUCAUGGUCAGUCUGUUUGGCUACCUGGUGCUGCUCAUUUUUUACAAGUGGUUGGUAUAUGAUGCCAAGAGCUCAAAAGAAGCCCCCAGUCUUCUUAUAACCUUCAUCAACAUGUGCCUCUUCGGUUACAACGAUCCCACCAACAAGCCUUUUUAUACAGGACAGGUUGUAAUUCAGUGUCUGCUAGUCAUUAUAGCUCUCGCCUGUGUACCGUGUAUGCUUAUAGUAAAGACGCUAGUAAUGCGCAGGCAAUACCUCUGGAGAAGACAUUUGGGAACGCAAACCUUUGGGGGAAUCCGUGUGGGCAACGGCCCCACAGAGGAUGAAGCUGGGAUCAUCGAACAUGACCAGCUCUCCCAAAACUUAGAAGAAGAAUCGCCUGAGCAGUCAGAGGAGGAAGUGUUUAAUUUUGCAGAUGUUGCAGUGCAUCAAGCCAUUCACACUAUAGAAUACUGCUUAGGCUGCAUCUCAAAUACUGCCUCUUAUCUACGGCUUUGGGCGCUGAGUCUGGCCCAUGCGCAGCUCUCUGAGGUCUUGUGGUCGAUGGUGAUGCACAUGGGUCUGGCUUCUAGGAAUUUUGGUGGAUUCUUUGCACUGGCAAUCAUCUUUGCCUUCUUUGCUACACUGACAGUGUUUAUUCUGUUGAUCAUGGAAGGGCUGUCUGCCUUCCUUCAUGCUCUCAGAUUGCAUUGGGUGGAGUUCCAGAAUAAAUUCUACACUGGACAGGGCUUCAAGUUCAUGCCUUUUACUUUUGACAGCAUUCUGGAGGGCAAGUUUGAAGACUAAACCACACCCAUAUUCUCUCCCUCCCCAACUGCCACACCUCCAAACUACAGGAGCCCAACAGAUUGCUUGUGAGAUUUCAUGAUUCUUGUGAACACUGACUUUGUAAGGCUCUUAAUUUCUCAGGUGUUCUACAUCAGGACAUAAAUGGAAUAAUUUACAAGCAGGUAAACUAGAUGUAAUUAGUUGAAGCUGAAAAUAAUCUGAGCUAGAACUGCAUAAUAUAUUUGCAAUGAUUUCUUAACUGUUCAAUUCUUGCAGCAAUAUGUAUUGAUUUGUAAUAAUACAAACUGCGUUUGUAUUAUUAUAAUAAUAUGGCGUUGCCAUACAGCACACAGGAGUAUGAACAGCAUGUUUUUGUUUUCUUAAAUUUGUACUCUUCAAUCAAGGCAAAAAAUCAUUACAGUUUCCCUCCCAUUAUAGCAUAGGUGGAGAUUUUGUCUAUAUUUUUUCCAGUCUCUUAAAUUAUUAGAGUUUGUUUUUUAUGUAUCUUUUAUCCUUUAUGUUGACACAUUUAUAUAAUAGUUCUUAUGCAAAGGGACCUUAUUUCAAAUGCAGCAAAGAAAGCUUCACUUUAUGGCAUUUCACAAGCUUCUGCCGAGAGGAUAUCCUCAUCAAGCAUAUCUGAUUACUAGAUGCAGAUAUUCCCCCAGAUUUAUCGCAGAUCUUUGCAUUCCUUUGGAAAAUGUAAGUAAAGAGUAAUUAUAUUUUAGUUGGCCUUGAACUGUGUUGCUGUUUUUUGUGUGUGUGUUUUGCUCUUGCGAUUUAAGUGCAAAUGCACAUCUAAACUGUUAAUCUCAUGAAUCUUGGUUUAUAAAUGAGUUUACAACAUGAACAUGCAUUGGCUCUUCAAAAAAAUGUGUUGGUUUGAAAGAUGUCAGAGGGAGUCUUGGAGAAAAUAACUAUACCAAGUAAAAGCAGUAAGUGAAGCUGAAUGAUUAUGUGUGUUCCGUUUGUCAAUAAAGAGUAAAGAGUGGA